AUGUCUGAAUUUUUAACUUCUUUGGCUAAUGAUUUCUCUAAUAUUCUUGAUGAUGGAGAUGAUUAUAAUGUCCUUAUUAAUGUCGGUCAAGAUCAGAAUAAACAAUCAUUUAAAGCCCAUUCUGUAGUCCUGAGGGCUAGAUCUCCUUAUUUUAAAACUGCUUUAUCUAAUGAUUGGAUUAGAAAGGAGGGUUCUAUGACCGUUUUUAAUAAACCUAAUAUGGAACCUAAUAUUUUUUCUCUUUUGCUUAGAUUUAUGUAUACAGGAACUAUUUCUAUGUCUCAACAAAAAGGCGAUGACCUUUUAAAAUUGUUGAUUGCUUCUGAUGAAUUAUUACUUCUUGAACUUCAUGAGCACGUCCAAGAAUAUCUUUUAGCUUAUAAAUCUGACUGGCUACAUCAAAAUUUUGCUCUUGUUCAUCGAACCGUAUUCCAACUCGAUUCUUCAAAGGCCCUUCAAGAAUUCUGUUUAAUAACUAUUUGUGAAGAUCCCCUUUCGAUAUUUAAAGCUAAAGAUUUUACUUCGUUAGAAGAAGAAACUUUGGUUUCUCUGCUUAAUCGUAGUGAUCUCGAAAUGGAAGAAGUCGUGAUAUGGGAUCAUCUACUUGAAUGGGGAAUUGGGAAUGCUAAUCUAACUAUCGAUAUUAAUAAAUGGUCAAACGAUGAUUUUAAUCUUCUUCGCGAAACUUUAGAACAUAUAAUUCCUGCUAUUAGAUUCUUUCAAAUGAGUUCAUCUGAAAUUUAUAAUAAAGUUAGACCAUUUAAAAGAAUUCUUCCUAAAGAGUUAUAUGAGGAUCUUAAACGUUAUCAUUUUCAAACUGGAAUGCAACUUAAACCUGAAUACAUUCAAACUCCAAGACAUAAAGGUAUAAAAUCAACUAUUAUCGAAAAACCUCACACUAAUCUCAUUUCUUAUUGGAUUGAUGGUGGUGAUAGUACUUCACUUUCUUCAUAUUCCGGUGAAAUUCAAUAUGAUUUCAAACUUUUGGUCCGUGGUUCCCGUGAUGGUUUCUCCGCUGCUACUUUUCAUGAUAGAUGUGAUAACCAGGGUCCAACCAUUACUCUUUUAAAAGUUAAUAAUUCUAAACAUGUAAUCGGUGGAUUCAACCCACUUUCUUGGGGGUCUACAAAUUCUUGGCGUUACACUCGUGACAGUUUUGUAUUUCAAUUUAAUAUUGAUUACAAGAAAAAAAUGGUCGCUAAACUUGGUAGAGUAAUUCCUGCUUGUGCUCAAUAUGCUAUUAAUGAUUCUCAAUAUAAUGGUCCUUGUUUUGGAGAUGGUGAUUUAUGGAUAAAUGAUGAUUUUAAUUUGGCUGGAAAUUGUAGUUGUAAUAAAGAAAGUUAUGAUCAAAGUGUUGGUGAUAUGUUUCAUAGAGAAAGUUGGGAUAGUUGGAAUGGAAAAAAUGGUACUUUUGCUGUUGAAGAUUAUGAAGUUUUUCAAAUUAUAAAAUUAAGGCUAAGUGACCUAUAA